AUGUUCCGUCCCGCGGCCAGAGUUCUCGCCCGCGCGCCGGGUGUCGCAGUCCGUGGCCCGGCAGGUAGACGAUUGAUAAGCACUGCUCCCCCAGACACCAAGUCGAGAAGUUGGAAGAAUUCCGUUAUCCGUCUGGGUUUGGCCGCUGGGUUCGUCUACUAUUACAACACGAGCAAUGUGUUCGCCGAACAGCCCUCAUUUUCCCUCCUCUCCAAGAAGCAACCGGAAUCUUCCGAUGAAUCUUCCCUCCCGACCCUCGACUCCAUCAAGCCCCGAAUUCGCGAAGAGAAAGAAGCAGCAUCACGCGCCGCACCCAAAUCCGAUGCGCAACCCACACAGCACGAGCCUCUUUCCGCCUCAGAAGCGGCCCUGAAAUCGCCCCAGGAACUCGAGGACGAAGCCAACCAGGAGGCCGCGUUCAACCCCGAGACCGGCGAGAUCAACUGGGACUGCCCGUGCCUGGGCGGGAUGGCCCACGGCCCUUGCGGCGAGGAGUUCAAGGCUGCCUUCAGCUGCUUCGUGUACUCCACCGAGGAGCCGAAGGGCAUGGACUGCAUUGAAAAGUUCAAGGGCAUGCAAGAGUGCUUCCGGAGAUUUCCCGAAGUCUACGGCGCCGAGCUCGAGGACGAUGACGAGGCCGCUGCCGCCGCCGCCCCGCCAGAUGGCGGCGAGCAGCCUGCCUCCCCCGCCGUCGAAGUGACCGCUGUUGAAGUCGACGCCGCCUCCCUCCCCGAGGAGAAGCAGGCGCGCGCGAAGGACGUCCACGCGGAGGUGAAGUCGGAAAUCGCAGAGAAGCUCGAGUAG